UACGAAGAGCAGCUCAGUCGGUGGUUCACCCCCGAAGGAUUCCGGUCUCUCUUUGCCCUCGUUGGGACCAACGGUCAAGGAAUCGGCACCAGUUCCCUGAGUCAGUGGGUCCACGGCUGCGACGCCCUCGCCCUGAAGGCCCCGGAGCGCGAGCAGCUGGACGCCUUCAUCGAUCAGCUGUACAAAGACAUCGAGAGAGUGAGUGGCGAGUUCCUGAACUGUGAGGGAUCCGGGCUGUUCGUGCUCCAGAGCUGCUGCAACCACAGCUGCGUCCCCAACGCGGAGACGUCCUUCCCGGAGAACAACUUCCUGCUGCACGUCACGGCCCUCGAGGACAUCAAAGCCGGAGAGGAGAUCUGCAUCAGUUACCUGGACUGCUGCCAGCGCGAGCGCAGCCGCCACAGCCGCCACAAGAUUCUCCGGGAGAACUACCUGUUCGUGUGCUCCUGCCCCAAGUGCUUGGCCGAGGCCGAGGACCCCAGCGUGACCUCGGAGGAGGAGGAGGAGGACGAGGACGAGGACGAGGAGGAGGAGGGGGCGCCAGAGGCGGCCGAGCUUGAGGACGAGAUGACUGACGUCUGACGGCCCCGCCGCCCCCAGCCUCUGGGAGCUGCCCCAACCUCGUUCCCCGUCUCCCUCGGCCUCCCUUCCCUUCCGGCAGGACCCCAAGGCCCGCCCGCCCGCCUGCUCUGGGGGGCCCCGGACGGCCCUCCCUCAGGGCUGAGAGGAGCUCGCGCCCCCUCCAGCCUGUUACGGAUUUAUUUAUUUGGGGAACCCGGAGUCCAAGCGGAGUUCCUGGCACUCGGGCCGGGGGGCCCAUCGAGGAAGCCAAGGCUGGCCUUCCCUCUUCCGGGGCGCUGCCCCGCUUCGGCGGGUCCGCUGGAGCCGGUUCGCAGAAGGCUGUUGGCCUGUCCAGGGAAGAUGACCGACCGCCGGCCUCCCUCCCUGCCUGGGGGCUCCUGGGCCUCCCCAGGUAGGCUCGAAGCUCCUUCCCAGCCCCUCAGAAUCUCAUCUUGUGCCUUUUCUUCCCUGCCUUGGCAGGGAUGGUGGUUGGACCCCGGCAGGCCUGGGGAGGCUCGAGUCUGCCCCAGGCAGGGGGUGAGCAGGCCCUCGCUGGCAGCCCCCUGCGGUGGACCAUUUGGGAGAGAACCGGGUCUCCCCCAGGCUCUGCGGGGAGGUGGCGCCCCCGUCGGGCCCCCUGCUCUGCGCCCCCGAUUGCCAGGGUUCAGGCAGGUUCUCUCCUGGCUGGAAACAAGCCGUGCCGUGCCCCGUCUUCCUUCCCUGCUUCCCAGCUCUGGUGCUGUGUAGACAUGUUCACGGUGGGGGCCCCGGGGAGGAGCAGGCUGUGGGCAGAGGGGCUCCGCCUGGGCCUCGGGCCCUCCCCGCUGCCCUCCCUCCUGGGCUGUACUAAAGGAUGCUCUCGCCCCGGCCCCAGGGCCGCUGUCAUGUGCCUCCAUCCCGUGCUGUCUGGUGCUUGCUCCGUGCUCACCGCCGUCCUGGCUGACCAAUCAGUGUUCUCAAUAAAUGUAACUACGGCCGA